UUAUAAAUGUGGACGAAAAUCACAAUUUCAAUGGCAAUAUAUGUAAAAUGAUGGUGUUGUGCAGACCAAGCAAAGUGGUGGCUCAUCUCUCACAGCUAGUCCAAGUCAAUCUUUCCUCCCAAGUCAACAUUGAGUUUUUCAUAUCUGUUCUUGAAUCGUGGAAUACACUGCAAAAAGAGAAAAACGCAAACUGCGAAUUCUUAUGGUCUAAGUUGGAAAUAGAAAAAGAUGAAGAUGAAAUGGGAGAGUGCAACGAUGACACUGUUGAUGAUUAACAUGGUUAACAUAAUGGAUAACGCAGACUCGUCUCUGCUUCCGGCAGUGUACAAAGAAGUUGGUAAAACUUUUGAAGAAGAUCCCGCUGCUCUGAGCACACUCACUUUCUACCGAUCAUUUGUUCAAUGUCUCUGCUACCCAUUCGCCGCUUACCUCGCCAAGCGCCACAACCGUGCUCAUCUCAUCGCUCUUGGUGCUUUUCUUUGGGCUGCCACCACCUUCCUCCUCGCCAUCUCCACCACAAUUUCACAGGUGGCAAUUUCAAGAGCUUUAAAUGGGAUAGGGCUUGCCAUUUUUGUUCCGGCAAGUAAAUCUCUGGUUGCUGACUGCACAAACGACAGUAACCGUGGCAUGGCUUUUGGGUGGCUUUCAUUGACUGGAAACAUUGGAAGCAUUCUUGGCGGACCCUUCGCUGUAAUUCUAGCCUCAACUUCAUUUGCUGGCAUACCAGGUUGGAGAAUAGCUUUCCACCUUGUUGCCCUUAUCAGUGUCAUAGCAGGUGUAUUAGUACACCUCUUUGCUAAUGAUCCACACUAUCCAAAAGCUCCACAUAACAAUAACCCCAUGUCCUUUCUUUCCGGAAUGAAAGAUAUGCUGAAAGAAGUAAAAUCAGUUAUGAGAAUCCCAUCUUUUCGGGUAAUUGUGGCACAGGGUGUAUCUGGGUCAAUUUCAUGGUCAGCAUUGUUCUCAUUUGCCACACUUUGGUUAGAACUCAUUGGAUUUUCACACAAGACAACAGCGUUGCUUUGGACCAUGUUCAUCAUUGCUAUUUCAGUAGCAGCUCUGUUUGGGGGUAAAAUGGGGGAUAUUCUAUCCCAACACUUACCAAACCGUGGCAGAAUAAUAAUGGCACAGAUAAGCGUUGGUUCAGCUGCUCCUCUUGCAGCAAUGUUGCUGUUGGUAUUGCCUUAUGAUCCAUCCACUCCCUUCUUGCACGCCCUUGCUCUCUUCAUCAUGGGUUUCUUCAUGAGCUGGAAUGGUCCAGCAACAAACAAUCCAAUACUUGCAGAGAUAAUCCCAGAGAAGUCUCGUUCAACUAUAUAUGCGGUGGAUAAGUUUUUUGAGUCUAUAUUGGCGUCAUUUGCUGCUCCUAUUGUUGACAUUAUGGCUCAGCGUAUUUUUGGAUAUAAACCAAUCAGAAAAGGAGAUUCGUCCUCCAUUAAAGCGGAUAGAGGAAAUGCUGCAGCAUUGGCAAAAGCACUUUAUACUGCAAUUGGAAUUCCCAUGAUAAUCAGCUGUUGCAUCUACUCAAUCCUUUAUUGGACGUAUCCAAGGGACAGAGAGCAAGCAGGAAUGAUAGCCCAAAUGGAAUCAGAAUUGCAGCCGCUGGAGAGUAUUGACCUCGAUGAUAAUGAUGAGCAAGUGUUGCUGCCGCGCUAGUUCAAGACUCAUGUAUAAGAGGAUAAAAAUGUUCUCGAGCAAGGAAAAUUAAACUUAUGUCCCUCAAAAUAGCAAAAUAAAUUUACUUUAAAUAAACCUGUCGUUAUGUUAGGAUUAGGAAAGUAGAAAUGUUUCUUAUUGUUAAUAGAAGGGCAAAAUCUUAUUUGUUAUGUAUGUCUCUCUAUCUCUUGCACCCAUAUUUACAAAGGAAUUAUGGUUUUAAAUU